AUGGAGCUCCUCCUGCUCGUCAUCGUCAUCGUCAUCGUCCUCCUACCCACUCUGCUCUUGUUCUAUCUCUCGAACCCUAAAUCAGAGGGGCCCCUCAUGGCCUACCCACUAAUAGGUAGCUUGCCGCAGUUUAUCAACCACCGCCAUCGCCUCCAGGAAUGGCAGACCGAGCUCCUCGCCGCCGCCCCCACCAACACGCUGCACAUCCGGCUGUUGGGCAUGCAACAGGGUAUAGUCACCGCCAACCCGGCCGACCUGGAGCAUGUCCUCGAGUCCAACUUCCAAAAUGGGGUUAUGUAACAUAAUAAUAAUAGUAAUAAUAAUAGUAAUAAUAAUAAUAAAUCUGGUGUGGACUGUUACGGUUUCUCAUGAGCAAAAAUUAUUGAGAAAAAAAUUAAAUAAUUUUGCUAAAAUUGAACUUUCGUGUUCAACUGGAAGACACUCCAGAACUACCCCAAGGGGCCCUAUGUCACCUCCGUGAUGGAGGACUUCCUCGGCCAGGGGAUCUUCAACGCCGACGGCGAACUCUGGAAGAGACAGCGGAGGACGGCGAGCUCCGAGUUCAGCACCAGGUCCCUCCGGAUCUUCAUCGUGGAGAGCGUCCAGCGGAAGGUUACCAGGCGGCUGCUACCCCUGCUGCGCAGAGCCGCGGCGAGCGGCGCUGCCGUCGAUCUCCAGGACGUGCUGGAGUGGUUCGCUUUUGAUAACGUGUGCCAGGUCGCGUUCAACGAGGACCCCGCGUGCCUUGCCACCGAGGGGGAGGAUUCCGCCGGCGGGGGGCGGCUCCCGCCGGGGUUCGCCGCCGCCUUCCGGGACGCCACCGCCAUCACCGCCUGCCGCUUCCGGUACGCCGUACCCUGGAUGUGGAAGGUCAAGAAGCUACUCAACGUCGGAUCGGAGAAGCGUCUGAGGGAGUCGAUAUCCACUCUGAACGACUUCGCUCGGAGUGUAAUCCGUUCGAGGAAGGAGAAGCUGAGAUCGCCGGCGGCGGCGGCAGCAGAGGAGCUCCGCCACCAGGACCUCCUGUCGCGGUUCAUCGCCGGCGAGGACAACUCCGACGAGUUCCUCCGGGACAUCGUCGUGAACUUCAUACUGGUUGGGCAGGAGACGACAUCCUCGGCAUUGACGUGGUUCUUCUGGGUCCUGUCGGAGAGGUCAGACGUGGAGAGGAAGAUCCUCAGGAGAUCCGUUCGGUGAGGACCAGAAGCAAGGAGGGAGAAGAAGUAGAGAAGGAGUGUUUCGGCUUUGACAAGCUGAGGGAGAUGACUUACCUCCACGCCGCCGUUACCGAAGCCAUGAGGCUCUACCCGCCGGUGCCCUGGAACAGCAGCUACUGCCUCGCCGACGACGUCCUGCCUGACGGGACGAAGGUCUGGUUCGUGUGGCACAACGCGUACGCCAUGGGAAAGAUGGCGGCGGUGUGGGGGGAGGACUUCGGCGAGUUCCGGCCGGAGCGGUGGCUGGGGCCCGGCGGGGAAUUCCGGGCGGAGAGCCCCUUCCGGUUCCCGGCCUUCCACGGCGGGGCCAGGAGCUGCCUGGGGAAGGAGAUGGCUUAUCUUCAGAUGAAGUCCAUGGCGGCGUGCCUGAUCGAGAGGUUCACGCUGGACGUCGUCGGCGGCGGUGGUCGGCCGGAGAUGCUGCUGUCUACCAGCCUGCGGGUGAAAGGCGGCCUGCUGGUGCGCGUCAGGGAGAGGACCACCCCCCGUUGA